UUGACAGAGUUAACAAACAAAGCUUUUCUCUAAAAGGUUUUGUUUGUUUUAUUUAUUCGUUUCUCUGUUUUUUUUUAAAGAUACCUGUUUAUCUGGGUCCGGUCUCUCAAACCCCGAACUGAUAUAUGAAUAUAUCGACGAACCUGCACGUUUAAUUAAUCGAUAUUGUGAUUAGCGUUACGGUUAGUGAAUAUAUAAUAUAUAAUAACAAUUAUGACUCUGCAACAGGGAGCCGCGGAUUUAGGAGUCUGCCAAGAUCAGAGGAAUCAGCCUUCUGGAAAAGGGAACCUAGAAAAAGCAUGUAACUCACACCAUAAUAACAAGGCCUCUCUCACAACCAAAACCUGGGCGGGGCUACAGAGCAAAUGUCAGGUGAUCCUGCCAAUCGUAAUCAUUCUAUUGCUGGCUGGGGGCGGAGCCCUGGCAUGGUACAUUUUAGAUCACAGACUCAAACUGCUGGAGCCCCGAGUCACACAGUACUACACAGCGAGGGUCACAGUACUCAACCGAAACUUCUCCAUGGAGCUCACCCGACGAGAGUCACCUGCCUUCACAGCAGAAGCAAGCAAAGUCCAGGAUGUGUUAGAGAAGAUCCUGAAAGCCUCCGAUCUCUCCUGGUACUACAAUUCAACUACAGUCUUUGCUUUUGGGGAAGGCAGUCUCCUAUGUUAUUGCUGGCUGGUCCUGUCAGUGCCUCAGAGCCUGGCUAACAGGGUGACAGUGGGCUCCGUCACUGACUCUGUACUGCAGGGUGUGGGAGACACAGGCGGCACUACCACAGCCUACCAGCAGGGGGAGUACAUCAUAGAGAGAGAGUCUGUCAACAUCACAGAAUCGGAUGCUAAAGUCAUUGAUGCCAUGAAAGCCACAUUAAGUUGCUAUCGAUACUCCUCGGUCCGUGUCGGAGUGCUCAGUUCUCUUCCAGGGCCCGACUCGCUCCGGUCCAGCUGCCUGUGGCACAUCACGGCCCCCGCUGGUCAGCUGGUCAAGCUGCGGCUGGAAUGGGUCCUGUCCGAGUGUCAGGACCGGCUGGCUGUGUACGACUCUCUCUCUCCCGACGACAGCAAACUGAUCACCUCUCUGUACGGGUGCAGCCGUCAGGAGUCGGUGGUCGAGUUGGUAUCUUCCAGGAGGGUGAUGUCAGUGGUGUGGAAGCAAGGCCAGUACAGCUACUAUGAUCCCUUCUCUCUGUCUGCCCAGGCUGUGCCCAGCACAGGCUGUGACGCCAACAUCACUCUGCAGGACAGAGACGGCAUACAGGGCAACUUGAGCACCCCUCACUACCCCAGCUACUACCCUCCAGACACACACUGCUCCUGGACCUUCACUCUCCCCUCCCUGCAGUAUGGUUUGACUCUGUGGUUUGAAGGCUAUGAGCUGGGCAGGGCCAACUACAACCAGGCUUGCACCCAGGGCCAGUGGACAGUGCAGAACAGGAGGCUGUGCGGAAGCCAAAUUCUCCAGCCCUAUGCAGAGCGAAUCCACUCCGUCUCUCUGACCGUCACCCUGACGAUGACCUCGCAGAUCUCACUGACCGGCCCCGGGGUCCUUGUGCGUUACAGCCUCUUCAACCAAUCAGAUCCUUGUCCGGGACAGUUCCUGUGCUCGCUGAACGGUUUGUGCGUCCCCUCCUGUGACGGAAUAACGGACUGUCCCAACGAACUGGACGAGAGGAACUGUGGUAAGAGACUGGAGACAAAAACCACUGCACAGCAUUACAGCUGUGAACAUCACCCUAUAGAAUGAACUACACCUCCCAGCAU